UCACUUAUGCAUGGUAGCCCAGCCCUGCAGUGUUUUAGUAAGCUAGAGAGUGUGCGCGUGAGUGAGAGCCCUGGAUCCACACGAGACACGGGAUCCACUUCCCACGCUGGCAUUGUUUAUCUGAGCAAUUAAAGCGUUUCGCCCUGCAAACAACUAGCCAGUUAUGCUGGGUGGCUGCUCUCGGUCAGCUCACUAACUUGAAGAAGUUCAGUCCAGCCAAAGACACUGGGGACAACUUGCUUACCAUUUUGAAUGACUUGCUGUCGUUUUUAAUGAUGUUACCUAGCCCUGUCACAUCCACUCCGUUUUCUGUUAAAGACAUUCUGAAACUGGAGCAGCAGCAGCAUAACUCACAAAGUGCCUUUCAACAAGGGUUUGUAGCUUCCGAUCUGGAAGGCCUUUCUUCUCAUCAGCCACCUUCUUGCAUGCACACACGGAUGAAAUCGAGUUCGGGCCCAACGUACGUAAGAGAAAAGAUCACUUUCAAAACAGAGGACUCAAAUGGGGCUUCUGGUGACACUGGAAAUGUGGACGAGUUGGAGCUGCUAAGACAUACCUGUGAAUCGUCUGCAGAUGAGCAAGAUUUGGAAAAUAAUGGAAUACAAAAAAAAUGCGCAGUGGGUGACUCUUUAGUCCACGAAGAUAAAAAAUGUGAUUUAUCUGAUCGUCCAAAGCAGAGGCAGAGACGGAAGCCCAGGGUUUUAUUUUCCCAAGCUCAGGUGUUUGAGCUGGAAAGAAGGUUCAAACAACAAAGAUACCUCUCAGCUCCAGAAAGGGAACACCUGGCCAACUUACUGAAGCUAACGUCAACUCAAGUUAAAAUAUGGUUUCAAAACAGGAGAUACAAGUGUAAGCGGCAGAGGCAGGACAAGUCCCUGGAACUGGUUGGACAUCCUCCACCCCCGCGCAGGGUGGCUGUGCCCGUUUUAGUCAGAGAUGGUAAGCCCUGUCUUGGGGGCUCACAGGCUUAUAGCACCCCCUACAACGUGACGGUGAACCCUUAUUCUUACAACACUUACUACAGCAGUUACAGCAGCAACCCUUUCAGUACCAGCUACAGUUGUAGUUAUGCAGGGGUGCCUACCAUGCCUUCUGGUUCUACCUCAGGCAAUCACCUUAUGAACAUUAACAUGGGGAGCGCUGGCCAGAGCCAACAAGGACACCUACAAGCCACACUGCAAGGGAUCAGAGCAUGGUAGAGGAUAUUUCCUUUUUUUAUUUUUUAUUUUUUAGAAAUGAACUUGAGGAUGUUUAACGGGUUGUCAUAACCUCAGGUGGAACUUCUUGAGUAGAAGUAAGAAUCAACACGCCUUCUGGGGUUUCUUUCAGAGAAGAGAGUUCCUUGUUGUACAAGACAAUGCCUUCUACAGUUUGUACACUUCAUGGGCAGUAAAGGCUCUUAUUUCUUAAGUAUUCUCACUCAGUUCCCUUCUGUAUGUAGUGCGGUGUGUAACAAAACAUUAUUUAACAUGUUGGGGUCUUCAAGGACGUCCUAUCAUUUUAAAUGAGUGUUCGGUUUUCUGUUGGGAAUUCAUAGUGUGCAGUCCUUGGAGCAAUUUGGCAGGAGGGUAAACGUGAUUCUGCCUCUGUGGUCACAAUAUUUUGUUUGUCAAAAUGCCGGGUAGAGUUAUGUUCCUGAGAUCAACCAUGGUUCUUUUUAUCCAAGUAGGCAGGUGCAAUGUUUAUUUGCCGUUUAGUGAAAGAAGAUAAAAUAAUGUUAUCAGAUAGCCUACACUUCAAAAUAAUGUAGAUGUUUUGGGCUUUAUCAUUAUUUUUGUUAACACGGGCCAUUUAGAACCUCACUGGCCCGUCUUCUCCAACCAGUGUUAUGGACUCAAUAGCUCUGCAAAUGUUAAUACAGACACCCCUGGACAGUGAGCUGCGGAUGCAGAGUUAUAACAGCUGCAAAAGUCUGGUUCCAGUUGUACACUAAAAAUAUCAAAUUUGUAUUUGCUCAGACACACUGUGUUUGAACAAUUAAUUCAUAAUGUACAGCUAAAUCAGCCGUUCAAAUGAUCACCCUGUGAUGCUUGAAACUACACAGAAUUACUUUUUUAAUAUCGUAUUACAAAACAGGUUAUUAUGUUACGAAUGUGAUGUUUGCCAUGUAUUAAACUUGCAGUUUGUUAACUAUGUUACACAUAUGCUUUCCUGAGGGAGGAUAACUGCAUACACUGAAAAUGUAACCCUAAAUAUUGUAAUCGUUUUUUUUUUUUUAGAUUUGUUUUUGUAUUUAUAAAGG